CUCGGACAUCAUUUGAUGUCGGACCACUUCCGGUCUAGUUGUCAACAGCUGAGUUGCUCCACGCGUGUUUCCAAACUGUGAAAAUGCCGAAGGUUCAGAAAGGAAAAGCGCCAGAGAAGGUGGUACAUCCGUUCAGCAGGAAAGCGGCUUACCUCGCCCGAGAAGAAAUCCGACUGAAGAAGAAAGACAGGCAGAGAACUGACAAAGCCGCACGUCUGAGCAGCAUAGGUGAGAAGCUGUUGUGGUUCCAGGAACAGCUGGAUCCAGCAAAGGCAACGUACACCAAGAAAGACGCCUGUGACAUCAUCGAAAGGUAUCUGCAAAGAUUUGAUUCUGAACUUGAGCAAAUCGAGUUGGUGAAUGGGAUCAAAGGUCGUCAGGGUCGCCUCCAUGGCGCCAGAGAAGCUGUCAUCAAACAAACAAUUGAACGGGAGCGAGCUCUGUAUGAGGGCGCUGGGUUUGAAAUCCCAGAUAUCAUCAAUGCAAAGCAUCUGAAAACAUUCAGAGAGUGGACUGGCGAUCUGAAGAAACUCCCAAACAUCAAACUGCGAAUGGUUUCUUGCAAAGGUCUGGACACUAAUAAUGAGAAAAAAGAGAAACAUGAAGUAGAAGAAGACAAUAUUGAAGAUGAAGAUGAUGAUUUGGAUGAUGAUGAUGAAGAGGAAGAUGAGAAGGUUCUGAUGUCAGACUCAAACUAAUGUUCUUCUAUCAUUGCCAUAUGUUAUUAUAAAACAUCAGAUGUCCUUCACGAAAGACUUUUUACAGAGAAACAGCCUGUGUGAGAAGAUGCUGCUACUCACGUUCUGUCCAGCAGAUGGUAUCAACAUCUCAGACUUGGAAAACCAACUCAUCAGUGUGCUCUUUUUCUUUGUCUUGCUGUUCAGUGACUCAACAGCAGCCUGUAAGAGGUUCUACAUUCAUUGUUUAUUACAUAAACAUGCAUCAAAUUAAACCUGAAUAAUCCGUCUUAUACAGUCACACAUACAAAGGUGUCGAGUGCUCUAAUAUUGUCGUGUAGACACAAUAUGAGAAAACUGUCUUUUCUGUGACAUGACAGUGAAAAGAAGAAAUAAACCUGUAGAAAAGUGUAAACAGUCACUCAUAACAGUGUCAGUACAAAUGGAGACAAACACUGAAAAUAAAAUGUAAAACAUUAA